CCCCAUAAACGUAGUGAAAACAUUUAAUAUACGAGGCGGAAUAGAAAUAUCGAUGUUUUAUAUUUACCUGUUGGUGAUAACUAAAAUUGUAAAAUGCGAUCAAAUAACAGUAGAUGACAUUGCCAAUGGUAUAAUUAAGAUUCUUGGGGCAGAUAAUAAUACCAAAUUAGAAGAAUUAAAAAGCAAACUGGAUAUUAUAAAAAAAUAUGUAACAGAUAAGGACAAAUAUACAGAACUGAUCCACAAUGAAACUACAACUCCCCACCUGAAUGAAACAAACUUUUUCAAUGCCUUAAACGAAUCUGACAAAUUUCAAUUUCUAAUGGAAAAUGAACCAAAAAGCUUAUACUUAAAAUUGAAGGAGAAAAUGAAUAGAGAUGACAUAAUGACGAUUCUUUCAAAUAAAACUGGAAGAAGAAUGAUGGAUGAAGAUGAAGAAGAUUUAAAUGAUGGAAUUCUCGAUGGUGUCGUUGAUAAGAUAAUAGCGGAGACACCGAGAGAUGAUCACACAUUUGACUUUAGAAAAGAGGAUAAUAAAUAUUGGGAUCCCCAAGGAGAGCUGGAAGAUCUCAAAGAGCAUCAUCAGCAUGACGGUCGUAGGAUAUUCAAAGGCGAGAGAACAACCAUUAAGCAUUACCCGUUUAUGGUGUCCAUACACGUAAUGGGAAGAUUUUGGUGCGGUGGCGCGAUUUACUGGCACGACUUGGUACUCACAUCAGCAUCUUGUUUGCAGCUGUUGCACAAUAACAGAUUUUUCCGUGAGAACCCUAAAGCAUUAUACGUGAGGAUUGGCAGCAACCAUAGCAGAAUUGGAGGUGAACCAAUCGAUGCUUUAGAAGUAUACUUCCACCCGGGCUACAACCCCCGAACCCUCCGACACAACAUUGCCAUCAUCAGGCUACGGCGACACCUGUUCUUCAACUACCACCGCAUCCCCAAGAUCAUCAGCAUCUCCCACAACAGCGGUGGUCUGGCUCCCACUUCUGAGAUCUUGGUGCUAGGAUGGGGAGUCACUAAGAUAUCACAAAGGUUGUCAUAUGAGCCGAUAUUCCUGAACAGAAAGUUUUUGCCCAUCUACCCCAACAUUUUCUGCAAGGAAAUUUAUGGAGAAAAGUUUAUAGCGUCGAGUAUGUUUUGCGCGGGAACUAUCACGACCGGUGAAGGAGCAUGUGAUCAUGACGCUGGCGGGCCAGCAGUGUUGGCGGGCCAGCUGGUGGGGAUCAUCUCGUAUGGCCCGGCAGUGUGCGGCCACCCUAACGCUCCCACUGUCUUCACUCUGGUCGGAGCUUAUGCCGACUGGAUCGAAAGUGUCAACGAAUCUAUGCCGGAUUACUACCGUGGCUUCAAGCGCACGACUACUACGGAAGCGUUCGUCGGCUUUGAUGACUACAGGGGGGGCAAGCAUCGGGAGCGUCCCAACUUCUCCGCCCUCACGGAGCCUCCCAGUGCCACCACUACUACCACCAGCUCACCUGAAACUCCUACAACUACAGCAUCGUCACUUAGGAAGAGAAAGAAGCUCAAGAAGGCUGCUGAGAGCUGGGACAUUUCCUUGUGAAUAAGCAUUUGAGAAUAACAUUAAUAAAAUACUUUU